GACAGCAGUGAAGUCGGAAGUGUCUUCCACGAGUUGAUGGCGUUUAGAGUCGUGCACCACCACCCCGUCGAAUUUCGGUUGGGACUAAUGAAUAACGCAUGCACACGGGAUGCGCAUCGAGAGAUGUAUCAUCAAUGGAUGGAUGGACAAGGACGCACUGUACACAGGAGUAGGCUUGUUACGAGGGUUGUCUUGUUUUCUUCACGCAGUAGCAUACUGUUUUUCUUUUCUGUAUGUUCUUUUAUAAUGUCUACGAAGAUGGGUCAUAUUACCCUAUGCAUUGCUGUUACAACCCGGGAUCAUAGUACACACGACAACCAUGUCGGGCCUGACGAUCAUCGUCGCAGCAACGAGGAGCAACGGUAUCGGCCACAAUGGCAAGAUGCCCUGGCAUAUCCCAAAGGAUCUGGCGUUUUUUAGCCGCGUCACCGCCCGUGCACCACCCGGGAAGAUCAAUGCUGUGGUCAUGGGCAGAGCCACUUGGGAGAGUAUCCCCUCCAAGUUUCGACCUCUCAGAAAUCGGUUGAACGCCGUUCUUAGUCGCAACAGCGAAUACCCAGUGCCGCCACCCCACGCUAGCCUGUUUCCUGACCUACAAACAGCCAUAGAUCGACUCAGAUCGCGUCCGGACCUACAUCGCCUGUUUAUCAUCGGUGGCUCGACGCUGUAUCGGGAGACCCUCGGCUUUGGCACCACCACUGCUUCCCUGCCAUCAUCUCUGCAAGCAGACCGCGUCCUCCUGACUCGCAUCCACGAACCAGAUUUUCCAGAAUGCGAUGUAUUUUUGCCUGAUUUCUUGGAUGUUGCCGAGCGCAGUGGUAGUGGUGGAUCCUCAUGGAAGAGGGCCUCCCAUGACGAGCUCGUCGCGUGGGCGAGUUUAGUGGAUUUUGACAUCCCGGAGGGUGUUCAGGAGGAAAACGGCGUCAAGUUCGAGUUUCAAAUGUGGCUUAAACUAUGAGGCAGAUUCAAUUCUGUGUGUAGUCACUGCUACGUGGUAUGCAUACGUAUAUUGUGUGUCACUAUACCCACUACUACUACAUACGAAAAACACAUGACACCGACAUUACAUGUCAGCCUAACCACCUCAACAUCAUCGAUCUACUCACAACGGAACGUGGUGAACAAUGUCGCUGUCGAUGCU